AUGUCGGUGGUGGGGUGUAAUAACCCCAAAGCGGAGAGGCCGAAGAUGCUCCUUCCAGGCCUCGAAUGGGAAAGGGACCUGGCUCCGUGGUGGAGCGAAGAGGAUAUCGAUGUCCCCACGGAGAGGCUCUUCCGGAGGUCGAUGUACGUCUGGAAGACAGUAAGGAAGGAGGUUGAUGAACUCAAUGAGUUCAUCUAUGAAGAGGUCCAGACGGAGGGAAAAAUGAGUCCCAUGCUGAAAGAGGCGACGGGCUUCGCCGGGCGCACAUGGCGCAUGGCGUAUCAGCUGGUGAGCGUCGUAGCAGAGCUUACGCGUAGGGAGUGCGUCCGCCUCGGGCGGGACGAGGAGGAAAAUGCAAGGCUCUGCAGGGACAUGGGGACUCAGACUCAGGAGAGGGGGGGUACCAGCGUAGACCCAGACCGAGAAGGAGAAGGGGACGCCUGCGACAGUGACUCCUCUGCCGGGGGAGUUGGUGAACAGACUCGAGGAGAUAUCCUUGGGACUGGCCGCCAGCUCGGACCGGCUGGAGCUAGUCGAAAGGCGUCUCGCGAGGAUGGAGGCUGGUCGAGCUGGAAGAAAGGCUCGGGUGGCCCAAGAGGUCUCUGGGGAGGGGUGCCGGAUGGAGAUCGGCACGGGGACAGAGACAGAGACGGGGACGGGGACGGACGACACAGGGACGGACAAGGGAAAGACGGGGAAGGGGACAAAGGGGAAUAUGGAGACAUGGGCAAGCGUGGUGCGGAGAAAAAGAGGGGGGAGAAUGAGGGAGGAGAAUAG